AUGGAAACAGCGGAAAACGCUACAGACAAUAAACCUCUGAUGGCCCCCAGUGAAGCCAUAACAUGGUGCGUUAUUUUCAGUUUGGAAGCUCUGGUUGCUGUUACAACUAACGUGGUCGCAAUAAUUGUUUUUCUCCAAAAUACUUGGCUUCGUAAGCGAACGUCGAUCCUGCUGUUAAAUCUGGCUGUAGCUGACCUUCUGGUCAGUUUACUAGCUAUGCCAGGCUGGGUAUACGUCAUUGGGGCCGGGGCUAAUCUAUGGAAGAACACUUGGACAAACGUGACGGUGCAGAUCUUAUAUUCAAGCUUAGACAUUGGCGGGGCAUUUGCCUCGGUGACAAAUCAUGGUUGCAUCGCUGUAGAACGACUCAUAGCCACUGUAAUGCCCUUUAAAUACCGAAGUCGCAAAAAGAAAAUAACCGCACAGUUCAUAACGGUGGUAUGGACUUGCGCACUCGUCAUCCCUGCUUUAACAAUGAUGGGAUUCCAUGUUCUCAGCUCCAAGAUGUUUGCUUUCUUUGUUUGGAUGCCUUUCCUUUUCGUGUUACUGCUGGUUAUUGCAACAUCUUAUUUAAUCCUGCUGUGCAGAGUGAAAGUGGUAUCUCGAGAUCUUCGCCAAGAAAGCGAUUGCCAACGUAAUCACCGCUUUACGGUCACGGCGCUUAUCGUAAGCGUAGCGUCCUUGACAGCUUGGCUUCCAUUCAUUAUUAUGAGUGCCAUCAACCUGGUCACCCCCAUCAAUCAAGAUCUGCGCCGCGUCAAUACCGUCAAGAUGUUACAUUAUUUCAAUUCCCUGUGCAGUAUCUUGGUCUACUGGUUCCGGAUUCCUCAUUUCAAGGAUGCAGCGUGCACGUUAGUGUUCUAUCAGAAGAAGAGACGUCAACUACCGCAAGGCGCAGCGACUGCGAGAUCUUCAUCUAACAUCCGCAAUGUAGCAGUUUCAUCUUCUCUCUAA